UCAGUUCCGAAAGCAGAGCCAGAGCCGAGAGUACACUCGAAGCUUGUUCGUUUCGCGUAUCGUGUCGAGCUUCUCCCUCUGCUCUGCUUGUACGUCGCGUUUUGUCCGACCGUGCACGCGGAUACCAUUCGCACUCGUCGAUCUUUCGAGGUGCGUCCUCUCCGUGCGACUGUUUCGCAGAUCGACGCGAGUUCCUCUCAACGGGAUCGCUCGUCACGGAAGCUGUGAAAUUAAAAAAAUAAGGAACCCGAGGAAACGGUCUCCGUUCACGUUACGAAUCGCGAAACGAUGAGGAAGACCGUGGCACGCGGAGAUCCGCCGCGCUCGAGGGUGAAUUCGACGAUGAAUGUUCGAUGAAGAAUCCGGCGUCGAGGCGACGGAAUCGCGUGGAAGUUUGAGAUCGAUCGUCGACGAGUUACAAGAGGGUAACAACGUGGUGUGACGAUGCGCGUGAAAAGUUGACGACGUCAUGUGACGCGAGUAAACUGGAAUUCCCGUUGCGUGAACAGCGUUCAGCGCUGAUGUUGGACUCCACGACCCGCUCGUUGCUCGAAUGGACCCUUAGCCACGGAUGACAGCACGCGUGUUUACCGAGUGACCAGUGCGAUGCUCGAAAGUUGAACUGGAAACGAACGACACGAACCGCGAUCGAAAUCGGUGGUUUCGGUGAGGAUUACUGCGAAGGAUAGAAAUCAGUAGUGAUGCCGUGAUGGGCUGCAGCUCGGGAUCGUUCUUCCUGACUACGCUCCUCGUGGGUGGAUUACUUCUGGUCGUCCUGCUCUGCGAGACAUCCCACGCAACCCGUUUGCGACAACGCUCCGGCCCCACCGACACGCCGAGGGGCGGGUCCGUGAACGAGGCCGGUGUGUUCACUCUUCGUGGUAGACAGGAGGGCGGACGACGUGCUAGAAGAACCACGACAAGCACCACGAGCACAACGGCGUCCAGCUCGACGUUGAUUUCUCUGCCCGACGACGUGGCGCAGCCCGCGGCCCUUUUAGCUCCCGAAGAGGACUUAUGGUCUACCAGUUCCUCCGCUACAACCAAUGUUCCAGUCUCCUUAGAUACAGCUGCCGCCACCACGUCAAAGCCACCCCUGGAACUGGUGGUGAAAGCUCACAGCAAGGUCAUACUGCCAUGCGAGCUGGAAGGAAAUUACUCGAGGCUGCUGCUGCCUGGGGCCAGGAGCUACAGAGUACGGCCAGCAACCUGGUUACACGAGGGAAGUCCUGUAGACAUGCUCACCAUCAACACGAGAAAGGAGAUGAGUGGAACUGGGCACAGAUAUAUCGGCGAUUCUAUUACGGCGGCGUUGCAUAUAGACAACGUUAAAUUAGAAGACGACGGUAUAUGGGGAUGUACAUUAGAGGAUGACCAAGGGAAUCUUCUCUCCGGCAGACCCCUCAAACUCGUCGUUCUCGAGGCGCCCCGGGGGACGUAUCUGCUGAUAGAUGGGCGAAGGUUGGAUGCAGGAAACCAGUUCGUGCCGGUGAAGGAGGGCUCCGAGUUGACGGUGGAGUGCGCCGCCGAGGGUGGUAACCCACCACCGGUUUUGGCAUGGGGGAUGACUCUGUCUCAGGCCACUUUGGAUGGUCCGGAGCAACCGCCAGACAAUCUGACCGUGUUGCCCUCGACGCCUGGCAGGCGCAGUGGGGCACACCUUAAAGUACUGAGGGGACACCACAACGCCACGAUCGUAUGUGUCGCCCAUCACGUUACGUUGACGGUGCCCAUGAACGCGAGCAUCCUCCUCGACGUGCAAUAUACUCCAGCGUUCGCGAUAACGCGUUUACCUGGUUUUGGAAUUCCGAUCGUCGAGGGGAUGUCCGUCAGCCUGAAAUGCGAGGUGGAGAGCAAUCCGGCCAGCACGCCGAUCUGGCAGCGGGACAAUGGACCGCCCGUCGAGCAGAGCGACGACGGAUGGCUGAACUUCACAAAAAUCACCCGCGCCGAGAGCGGCUGGUACAAAUGCUACACCAGGCACAUGCUCGGGAUUUUCACAAGCAUCGGUUAUUUCCUCAACGUCCGCUAUGAUCCAGACAUGGAAACGGAAGCGGAAGCCCUGAACGGCGAAGCCACCGAUUCCAGGAAAAUGGAGGUUCAGAUCGGUGGCGCUGUGACUUUGGAGUGCGAUGGUGGUUGUUGGGGACACGGUCCUGGAAUGGAUCCAGUGGGUGGGCCUGGAUCGCUGGCUCUGAGUCGGGUCGUCUAUCAAGAGGCUGGAGAGUAUCGAUGCGUCGCACCUGAUCGAAAAAUGCAGGACACGUGGCGAGCGCAGCUACCCUACCACAUCAAGGUCACUGGUCGACCCAUGGUUCACCCGCCUAGUCAGACAGUGACGGCCAAGGAAGGCGAGCCUUUGAGCAUCGUAGUCGAAUUCUGCGCCGAGCCCAGAUACACCAAGGUUUUAUGGAUAUCCGAGGAGAACGUUUACGUGCCGGGCGCGCCAGCCAGGGACGGGGUUCAAGCGGUCGCUAUCGAGGACGGAGGAACGGAGUCCUGUUACAGGGCGGUCCUGAGCUUCGACACGAUCCAAUGGUCGCACGCUGGCGAAUGGUUGCUGCUGGUGCGCUCGUCGGAAGGGAUCACGGACGCUUCCGUUCUGUUGAACGUGACACGGGCCUCCGAGUACAGUCACGCUCACUUCCGGUCAACGAGCCUCACUUGCCUGUCGCUUUGUCUGGCUCUGGCCAUCCUGCAGGAGCACCGACGCUGAGGGCCAGCCAUCAGAUUGCGCGAAAACGCUCUUUCUCGGAACGAACGAUAGAAUCGAACGCGGCCAUCCUCUUCGCGCGACCACAGGGGAAGAGGUCCGUCAGUAUUUCCGAAACUAUGACGAUUGUAAAUAAUAUAUAAAAAAAAAAAAAAAGAAACGAAGAAGCCAAAGGGAGAGAAUUAACUGUACGACAGAAACGAAUAUUAACUCUAGGACGUCGAAUUCAGCGUGGAGUUCGAUGAAAGGCGCGAAAGGUGUUCCGCAUUUUUCUUUUCUUUUUUUUUUUUUAUGGACACUAGAACUACCGAGAGUAACAAAUAUUAUUAUACAUGGUAUAGUAGCUUUGAAAUUAGGGGUGGAGAGGAGCGAAUCGAUUUACGGAUAUAAUUAAUUACCUAUUUCGAUGAGGGUCGAAAAAUGCGAGGGUAAAAGGGAUGUUGGUGAAUGAAUGAUUCGAAAAUGAAGUUUGAAAUGGAUGGGUGAGUUUUGGGACCCAAUUGGUAGUUCUGAUGUUGCGCGAGAAGCCUUUCGUCGACCCUGUCGUUGUCGAGACGAUCGAAGCUUCCGACUACGACGAUGAUCCGGCCUCGACGUUCCUCAAUCGUGGAUCUCGUCGCGAGAUAUUUCGGAUACUCUUGUCUUAGGGGUUUUCUAGCUGAUAAACGGCGAUAAGUGUAGAUCGGGGGCCGGCAAACGAUAAUUCGAGGUCGCAUCUGGCCCCGUUAGGUAUGUGGAUUUUAUGUAUUUAUCGAGGGAACUUGUGCUCUUCGCUGGCGUGUUAUAAAAAAAAAAUCGAAAAAUCUCAAAAAACUGUGUAAAUGCAACUGUAUCCCGUACUUACAUAUUGAUAAUACAAAAAAGAAACUGUAUAAAUUUCCUUCUUCAAUCUCGUAUGUAAUUAUGUAGAUAAUUUCCUCGAUAUUGGCUCUUGGGUCGCGAAGCUCAAAAUUUGUACUAUUCGGCCAAUAUCCAAAAGAUUUGCCGGCCCCUGGUAUAGACGAUCGAAUCGAGGUAGCGACCGUGUAUGUUUAUUUCAUCGAUAUCACGUUUUAGUUUCAUUGUUGACAGCCUUUAUUCCUUGAAACGGGAAGCAGACGAACCGAGGCGCGUUUAUCGAUGAUCUUUCUCUAGUAUUAACCCUUAUGUCGAUAAUCAGAAGUUUUACGUUACGUCAACAACCAGGAUAUUUCCCUAUUAUUAUUUAAUCAACAGGGAACUUCCUUAACCUACUUUGGGAAUAAAUAAAAUACUUAUUUAUCCUUAACGACGUUCUUCUCAAAUGUAUCGUUGCAAAAAUUACACCUCUUUUUAAUGACACUAUUUAAUUUGUUUCUAUAAAUCAAUCUGUUGCAAGGAAUCAGUUUAUAAUAGCAACAGGGUAAUAAAAAUUGUUCAAUUAUAUAAAACUUCCUUUGCAAUUUUUUCUAUCUCCGCGUCGAACUGUCUGACUAGGUAACUAGAACAAUCUUAUAUAGAAGUAACAACCUUAUAGGUACUGGGUUAUCCUGGACAUUCAAUGUGUAGCUAUGAACCACCGAAAUAUUUGAAGAAAAGUUGCUACGACUUCUAGAGCAUUGGCAUAAGGAUUAAAUCAGAGAAACACGGCGCCAUUGGCCGAGGAAGACGUAUCGUUGCGCGAUGGUAAAGGACAGUGUCUAAAAAUUGCCAUUCUUGGUACUUCUUAAAAAAGAAAAAUUAUUAUAUAGCACCUGCACAUCCUUGACAUUUAUAUCGAAUUAUUAUAACUCCUUGAAUUUUCCAAUCAAACUCUGAAAUCUUCUAGUGUCUUGAAAUAAUUUUAGUUUCCAAACAAGUCCUCAAACUCGAUCACAAGAAGACCAAUCAUUAAAAUAAAAUCUACCCAAUUUGUAUCUCUAUCUCACCUCAAAUAUGGUAAAAAUCGUUUUACUUAAAAAUGAUAAAAAUUUAAAUUUGCAAUCAUCCCUUAACCACGCAACCUUCAAGCAUGAUUAAAUGUCCUUGGUAUCAAAUUCCAAUCCUCCACCUGUCUAAUACAACCCCCCGCCCCCCCCCCAAAAAAAAAGUGAUUAACCGUUUACUAACUAAGUGAAACUACUCAAGUUUCUUGAUUUCUUGAUAUGUGUAACACGCUAAAUAAAAAUUUUUCUUUUUCACUAACCGCCGGAAAUGGCCAUUCUUCGACGUUGUCCCCAGCAAACUGAUUGUCAAGCCUCCGAUUGGCUCUCCCAGCGAGAGGAAUCGCGGGACGCGGGGCACGUGUAAAUAUUUGUAUAGUUUAUUUGUAAGGUAACGACGACGUGCGACUAGGAAGGGAAACCCGUGGUGCCGGUGUGAGUCGAACAGGAGACCAAUUUUUCAUUCCUGUUUUCGCGGAACGACGUGCGCCAGAAACGAGCGAACGUCGCUUCGUUCGACGCGUGUAAUUGUUUCACGACGACGGGGAACAAUAGUUUUCCAGGACGUGCGAGGCGAAAACGAAAGACGAGCGACGCGAACGCGGCAUGGGACACCGAAGCGCGAGGAAAGUCGAAGUUGAACGAAACGAUACAACAAACAAAUAAGAGGUAUUCCCGAAAGAAAUAGGAAGAUUAAAAGAAGUACAUUGUUGUAUAUUAUUUUAGGUAAGUAGUACUAAAUAGCGUGUAUAUAGUGAUUGUAAAUGCAUAGGCUAUCGUACACCGACGGCUAUGUAUAACGAAUUAUACAGUGACGCUGUUAGAGAUAUAUUUAUUAUUCGUUGAUAUAUUUUUAUAAAGUUUUAUUUAGCCAUAAGUUCUCGUUCGCCUUCCCCCCCCCGGAUGUCGUAUAUCGAUCAUCAUCGUUAAUUUUCACUCUUUCGCGGGACAAGCAAGGGCGAGGAAGAGGUUUCAGUUUUCAACGUUUCAAAUGAGGAUCGUUAACAAUGACCUGCGCUCUCUGUACACUUUCCCCAAAAACCCCCCUCAACUCCCUCCCAAGACGAACGUCCUAAAUGAAUUUAAAAAGAAAAAAAAAAUAAUAAUAAUAAAUAAAAGUUGACGGUGGCUGUAUUUGUAUUUAGGGAGAAAUGACGAAGCGGGAGAUAAGGAGAAGAACAUUUGCGUGAAAGCGUGUGACAUCGUUGUCCUCCGUGGAUUUACCGAUUGUAUAAUCGUAUAAUCGUAGCGUCUCGUUUCGAUCGUUCCAGUUCCUUCAGGAUGAAUAAUAUCGUUGCGUGAAGUAUCCGUGGAUCGCGGUGGUUCCUAAUUUUUCUAACGCGUACCGGCUGCAAUGCAUAGCAUCGUUCGAACGUUCGCCUAAUUUGCACCUAUGGUCGGUAUUGCUCAUAGACACGCGAGACGAAAUUUACCUGGUAAAUCCUUUGAUGUAUCAUUUAGUCUACGCGAUGGAUCAGACGUCUCUUUUUAUCGUUUCGUUUCUCCUUUGUCGAAUUGCUUAGGUGUUACAAAUAAGCAACGUGAUGUAAUCGUUGUACCCCAUGACGCCUAAAAGUCCAAUAAAUGAUAUUUACAAUA